AUCUGAUCGACCGGGCGCUGGGCAAGAAAAGCAUUUCGGAUUCAAAAUGUCCUCGACUGUAUGUACACGUACAAUGCCUUAUUGCCAGUCCCUUUAACAUUAGAGGACAUAAUUCGCGAAGUAUGUGGUCGGAAUUGCCACUCAAAAAUGUCGGACGACGAUCCAUUUCCCAACUGGAUUUGGGAUGAAAGACCUCGUCGCUUAUGGCAACUCUGGCAUGGUCCUUCUCGACAGAGACACCGAUACUGUCAUUAAAACGCCCCACGGCGAACAUACCAGGGAGGCUGUCACCAGAGAACGGCAAAUCUACGAGCGCUUUGUCGAACGUGGUGGCCACAAGGGGAUUCUCUGUUAUCACGGCACGUUCGAAUCUGGGAUCCGUCUCGAGUAUGCUUCCCAUGGCAAUGUCAGGUCAUACCUUGACGACCACUGGGCCAAUGAGAAGACGAAAGUUCGAUGGGCUGUUCAGCUUGCCGAGGCCCUCGAAUUUGUUCACCGAUGCGGCGUCAUCCAUGGAGAUGUGAACGGUUUCAACGUGCUGCUGGACAAGCAUCUCGACGCUGAUAUAUUCGCUCUCGGUUCCACAAUCUACGAGUUGAUGACGGAAAGCCGGCCGUAUGCCGGGCUGACCGAAAAAGUAAUAUUCGAGAAGUAUUCGAAGGGCGAAUUUCCCGAAACUGAAUCCCUGGGGUUUGCGGGGAGCAUCAUCAAGAAGUGCUGGCAAGGGGAGUACAAGGAAUGCAAAGUAGUUGAUGAUUUGAAGGUACAGUCCUGGACGUGA